AGCCCAGGGAACAGGCUGUGUUUGCCACUGCCGCUGUUGUGGUUUCAAUAGCCACAUUUCCCAGCAACAGGGAACGGCCCCUGCAGGUUCCCAAGCCUCCCGCAGCUGCGGGGUGGGAGAAGGGGGGUUAGAGCAGAGGCUGAGCUAAACAGCAGCCUGUUGGGAAGGCUGCCUGCUCCAUGUGGUCCCAGCUAGUCAAAAUGCAUUUCAGGCUUUUUGCAGUCUUGUGGUGUUUCCUGCCCCUGUUUGUCCUGCAGCUCAUCUGGGCUGUGGUGGUGCCACAUCUGCCCACCCUGCUCCCAGCUGAGCCCAGCAUUGCUGCGAGGGCAGUGUGGCCUCCUCUGCAAGAUGACUGGAUGCCCCUGGAAAAAUCUUCCUGAGGACCCUGCCUGUGCUGGUCCUACUCUGGAGCUCAAAGCAGUGGGGUAUUGCAGCCUAGGAGGAGAUGUGGGCAGUUGGAAUAAAACUUCCUUUGCAUGUGUGAGUUCUUCUGUUCACUGAGUACCUCUCAUUCCUCAUGCAGGAGGGAAUAAAGCUGGCAGAACAGGGUGAGCACGGGGCUGGGCUCGUAGCUGCUCUUGCACUGUGCACAGCCAGUACCUUCCUGCCUCCCUGGGCUGUCAGAGUGAUGCAUGUGGCUCAUGUGUCAGCUGCAUCUUCCAUUUGGAGCCCAAAUGUUGCUGUGCAGUGUUCUGGCAGCAGUGGUUUGGGGGCAUUGUAGCAUCGUCCCCUCUUCCUGUGGAAAAACAUAUGGAUGAAAUCACAUCCCUGGGCUGGUCAGCAGAUGGGGAGGAUUUGAAUGGUGGGAACCAGUAACAGCACUGAUGUGCUGCAUAUCCACUGCUCUGUGGACAAAUUCCCUUUCCCUGAAAUGCCCCUCCUUGCAUGAGGAGGUGAUUUCCUUCUGCCCUACUGGGUUUUGUUUCACAGCCUCUGCCUAAUCCAUGGACUUGAUCUGCAUGGAGCAUGGGACAAGGAGUACAUGUGACACUCCUCACCUAGACACAUGUGCAGGGAAGUUCAUGUUCACCUUGCAGAAUCAGGGCAGUGCUGGUGGGCAACAGCUGUGCCUGCAGCAUGCUCGUACCUCCACGAGCCCAGGGGCCUGGCUGCAUGAAACACAAGCUACUGAUAUCUGCAGGGGAAGACUCCACAAGGCCGGGAGACAUCAUGGCAAAGCUUCAGCCUUGGAUGGGCUUUGGAGUUGGUCUCAUGCAGCAGUGGCUGCCUGUAAUAAAUCUGAUAGAGCAGGUCUACCUAGCUGGGCAUAGAUGGGACACAGCCAGGCUUUACUGCACGUGCAGGGACUGCUGUGUGGCACCACAUCCCCUUGGCAGGGGUACAACAGCCCUUGCUGCCCUCCUGCCCCUCUGAGGGCCCCAGAAGGCAGCAGAGCCAUUGUGUGCACCAGGGCUCUGCAGGGUGGCUCAGCACAGCAGGACUCAAGCCUCCUGCAUCACGGCCUUGGGUGAUGGUGGUGCUUCCUCUCCAGGAUCUGCCUGUGCCACAGACACAGUGCUGGGUGCUCUGAUGAGGCGGUUCAUUAGCUCUGUCUCAGAGCUCCAUUUCCCCUCACACCCAGAGCACACACAGGCCAGCCACCUCAGGAACCUCUUGCAAGUAUCUUUGGCUUGGGGACCCCUCAGGAGCAGGGCUGAGUGCUGCAGAGGGGAGGGAGUGGGCCAUCCCUGGGUGGUGAUGUGGUGGCACUGGGUGGGGUCUGAGCCUGCCUGUGAAGGGCACCCAUCAGUUACAGGACACUGCCGAGUGCUUGCUGAUCACUCUGCUGCAAAGGACAGUCAUGGGCUGGUGGUGUGUGACAUGGUGUGUGACAUGGUGUGUGACAUGGUGUCUCUGGGCUCUGCAGUGGGUGUCACAGACAGGAGGGGCUUCACGCCUGCUGAGCUGGUGGCCUUUGGCUGUAACAGUCCACUGUCCUUCCGCACAGCACCUGCUGUGCUGCAGCCACCUCUCACUGCAGCGCUCCCUCGGGAGAUGCCUUCUGACCCGUGGCUUUGGCAGCCACCCCACUGUGUUUGCCCAGGGCUGCUGCUCCUGAGCUGGCCCUGGCAAAGAGGCAGCACCAUCAGCAGCUCCCAGCCUGGACUGUAGGCUGAGAAAUCACAGCAGUGGAGCUGCAGGGGGAAGGGAGCAGCAACUUUCCUUGUGCUGCUUCUACAAUGAGAUGGCUGCCAGGGAACUCUGGUACAGCCUGUCUUUCGUUCUCCAUGGUGGCAGCAGGGCCACCUGGCCCCCAGCCUGCUGCCUCCACAGGACACCCUUGGCAUGAUGUGGAUCAGGUUCCUGGCCUCCUGUGCACCUGGUGGCAGAGGGCCUGAGGCAAACAGUGUGACAGCCCAGGGAAACCCCUGUGCUCUCCCUAUCAGUGAGGAGAGAUGGUCAGUGAUGCCUCCCCAGUGCCCAGGACAGAGGGUGGUGGGUUUGGCUGUGGGCACAGCAGGAGGAAAUGGCCUGGCCUGGGGUGAAGGAGGGCACUGGGUCGCAGUUGUCAGCUCUCCCCUCCUCCCUGAAGCCCAGCUGCAGCAGAGCGAGCAGCCCUGGGGAGCUGAGUCCCCGAGCCCCCUGUGUCAUUUACAUACACCCCACCGUGCCAUCAGCACAGUGACCUGGGUUCCUGUAGCACCACAGACCCUUUCCAAAACAGCCUCCCUUCCUCUGCUUCCUGCCAUGGCCUCGGGCUUCCUGGUCCUGCUCCUGGUGGGGAUGGUGGGCACAGCUUGCAGGGCUCAGCCCGUGCUGACCCAGCCGUCCUCCCUGUUCGUGCUGCCCGGACAGACGGCCCGGCUGUUCUGCACCCUGAGCCCCCAGUACAACAUCACCGAGUUCGGCAUCUCCUGGUUCCAGGAGCGCCCGGGGCACGCCCUGAGGUAUCUGCUCUAUUACAACUCCGAGCGAGAAAUGCACAAGCCUGACGAGACUCCCGACCGCUUCUCUGCUACCAAGGACCUUGCCAGCAACACCUGCAUCCUCACCAUCGCCUCCGCCCGCCAGGAGGACAACGGCACCUACUACUGCGCCCUGACUCCUGCCUUCCAGUGGUUUUAGAAGUGGGGAACAAAAGCUCUCCGUGCCCUUUCUGCGACCCCGAUAUAAAGCCCUCAACAGGGAGAGCAGCGGCCCUGGGAGGGGUGGAAAAAGACCUCCUCUCACGCUUGAGCAGGCCCAGCAGCGCUGCCUCGUGCUGGGAAGUGCAGCAACCUCCUCUUCGAACCCAAACUUCCCCCACGGAGCACUGGAGAGCCAGACGGUGCCAGACCUGCCAGGGACUCCUGUUGCAGCAGGACGAUGGAUGGAUGGCUCUGCUGCAGCCCGGCUUUCCUGGGCUCUCCCAGCACUCGGCAGCCUUGAUCCGGCCUGGGCUUCCGCACAGU